AACAACAAGAAUAACAUAGGCUCCAAUUUCUCCAAAUACAUUCCCAAAAUUCAACACGUACUCGUCUUUUCUUCGACAGAACAAUCAAAAUGGAAGCAGGACCAUCGUCAGCGACCUCAGGAGGUGGUGGUGGAGGAGGAGGACCGGCGCCGUUCUUGGUAAAGACAUAUGACAUGGUGGAUGAUUCAUCGACCGACGAGAUCGUGUCUUGGAGUUCGAAUAAAAACAGCUUUGUUGUUUGGAACCCUCCAGAAUUCGCCAGAUUGUUGCUCCCUACCUUUUUCAAGCACAAUAAUUUUUCUAGCUUUAUCAGACAAUUAAAUACCUAUGGAUUUAGAAAGAUUGAUCCUGAGAGAUGGGAAUUUGCCAACGAAGAUUUUGUGAAAGAUCAAAAGCACCUGCUUAAGAAUAUCUACCGAAGAAAACCAAUCCACAGUCAUAGUCAACCUCAAGGUUCUUUAGUGGAUCCAGAAAGAGCAGCAUAUGAGGAAGAAAUAGAAAAGCUUGCACGUGAUAAAGCUAAACUCGAGGCAAGUAUUCUAGGGUUUGAACAGCAGCGGUCAUCUGCAAAGCUACAGGUGGAAGAUCUAACACAGAAGAUAGAUACUAUGCAGCAGAGGCAGGAAAAGCUGCUGUCGUUCUUAGAGAAGGCUGUUCAAAACCCUACUUUUGUUGAACACCUUGCUCGUAAGAUUGAAGCUAUGGAUUUUUCAGCCUAUAGCAAGAAGAGACGAUUGCCCCAAGUUGAUCACCCAAUGCCAAUUGCAGAAAAUAGUCUUGUGGAAAAUCACAGUAGUUCUAGACCUGAGUCGAAUGUCAUCCAUCAAGAUUUCCCAGAUAAGUUGAGACUGGAAUUGUCACCAGCUGUUUCAGAUAUUAAUUUGGUUUCACACAGCACACAGAGCUCCAAUGAAGAUGGGGGAAGCCCACAAAGAAAAAUAUCUGAGGGGAAUCCAAAAGAUGCACUGACUAGGACAUCAGGUUUACUAUUGGCACCUGAAACAUUGGAACUUUCAGACACAGGGGCAUCGUAUGCAUUUAAAGUGAAUCCAGCUGUCCCAAGAGACAUACCAGCAAAUGGGAGCCCAGCACUACAUUCACUGCAGUCGAAUUUGACUUCUAAUGAAGAAGUUGAUGGUCACAUUUCCUGUCAGCUAAAUCUUAGUCUGGCAUCUUCUCCUUUGCAAGCCAACAAAAAUCCUUAUUUAACUAGGAUACCUCAACUAGGCCAGGAAAUUGGCAAAUCUCCAGAAUCAAGGUUUAAUGAGAGUAACAAAGAUUCUGAUAUCCGAGUUAGUCAGAACAACAUAAAUCUGGGUAACGAGGGCAGAGCUUUAUCCAAUUCCCAGGAGACCCCAAAUAUCAAUCAAGCACCUGCAUCAGCUCCAGUUAGAGUGAAUGAUGUUUUCUGGGAACAGUUCCUAACUGAAAGGCCCGGCUAUUCUGAUAAUGAAGAGGCAAGUUCUAGUUACAGAGCAAACCCAUAUGAUGAGCGAGAAAGAAGGAUAGGUUUUGGAGAGCCACGAAAUGCUAAAAACAUGGAGCAGCUCUCUCUGUGAGUAUCACAGUUGUCUUGGAGCUUAGCGUAAGGUUUGCAGAGGUUUCUCCCAGUACCUUUGGUGCUCUCAAAAAAUUACCAUUGGCAACAUCUAGAAUAUAACUUGACAUGAAACCAUCUAUUUGGUUUGAAUAAUAUAAUGUUGACACUUGACAUGCCACUAGUAAUCGUAGUUGCUAUUACUGUUCA